AUGUUGGUACCCGUCUCUGUUGGGGGGCCCCCCAGCAAUACAGCGCUGGGGGGCCCCCCUCAUUACCCUUCAGGUAUAUCCUUCUUAAGGGCCUCGCUGCGGCCCCAUGGACGCGUCGCCUUGGCUGUCAUCAUAGGAUGCAUAGCAGUUUUUCAAGGUGCAGCAGCAGCAGCAGCAGUAGCACCUGCUGCUGCACCUGCUGCUGCUUCUGCUGCAGCAGCGGCACCAAAAACAGCAGCAGCAGCAGAGACAGAGUCUCUUAUUCCUGGCUUUAGGCCACUCUCUUCGCGAGAUGCCCCUGUGGGGCCCCACGCCCAUUCAGGUGUGCAGACACCCCAGCAGCUGCUGCAGCAAGUGCAGCAGCAAGCAGCAGAUAAAGCAACAGAAUACCUGCAGCUGGCAGCUCAGGUACCCGUUGCGUUGCAUGCACAAGAUCCAGCAGCAUCAGCAACAGCAGGAACAGCAGCUGCAACAGCAGCACCUGCUGCAGCGACAGCACCAGCACUAGCAGCAGCAGCAACAGAAGCAGCAUCUGCAACAGCUGCUGCAGCACCAACAUUGGUGACAGCACUCAACAGCAGCGGCGUUGGGUCUCCAGCAGCUGCUGCUUCGGGUGUGCCUGAUGCAGCAGCAGCUGCUGCUGCUCCAGGUGUAAUUCCCACUGCAGCAGCAGCACCUGCAGCAGCACUAUCUGCAGCAGCAAUACCCGCAGCAGCAAUACCUGCAGCAGCACUACCUGCAGAAACAGUCCCAGGUGCAACAGUCCCAGCAGCAACAGUGCCAGUAGUGCCAGUAGCAGCAGUAGCACCAGCUGCAGCAGCACCAGCAGUGCCAGCAGCACCACCAGCAGCAGAACCAGCAUCACCUGUACCAACAGCAGCAGUACCAGCAGCAGCACCACCACUUAUAUCAGUACCAGCAGCAGCAGCAGCACCAGCGGUACAAGUACCAGCAGCAGCAGAACCUGUACAAGCAGCAACAGCACCAGUACAAACAUCUGCAGCACCAGUACCAGCAGCAACAGCACCAGUACCAGCAGCAGCAGCAGCAGUACCAGCAGCAGCAGCAGCAGUACCAGAAGCCGCACCAGCAGCAGCAGCAGCACCAGCAGCAGCAGCAACACCAGCAGCAGCACCGGCAGCAGCAGGUGAUUCUGUGCUGUCUCCUUCUGUAGAUGAAGGUGCAGGAGGUGUGGGGCGUCAGAAGCUGCUCGUGCUGCUAGGGUCAUCAUCAGCAGCAAGAGGCAGCAGCGAGCAGCAGCAGCAGCAGCAGCAGCAGCAGCAAGCAAAAGAUAAGGGAUUAGCAGAUACACCUCUAGGUGCACCUCUUAUUAAUCCAACAAACGAAGAAGGAGCUCCUACUGCUGCAGCUAUGGAUGGGGGCACCCUUGUAGGGGGGCCCCUCACAGCUGCUGCUGCUGCAGGGGGCCCCGCUGCUGCUGUAGCUGGGGGCCCCACAGAUGCUGAGGAGGAGGAGACAAUUGAGGACGACGAAGGAAACAUAUUAAUUCCUCCAGUAAGCUUUGCAUUAUAUGCAGCAGCAGCAGCACCAGCACCAGCAAUGGCAGGAGCAGCAGCAGGCACCUGA